GCAGUGCAUCAGAGCUUUGGAAGGAAGGAGUCACUGCCGGUAAGAGAGACCGAGGGAGGGAGGGAGAAAACAGGAGAAUGUUAAAUAUGAGACAUCACAAGUAGAAAAGAUAAACAUUUACAAAAACCCCGCAGUGUAAGAGAAAGGGAACAGAAAAGUGAUUAUAGAAAUCGUUAUAGAAAGUUACAGAAAAAAGCCGAGGUGGCGGAAAAAGACGAGCUGAGCCGCUGGAAGAGUCCGGAGCGAGAAGAAAAAAAAAUAAAAAAAUGGCAAGAAGCACGGAGAAACGAAAAGAGAGGCUGAGCCGAGUAAAGAAAAAGGCAGAGGGUGAAAGAAAAAGAAAGGCGAAGGUGGAGGGGUAAACGUACUGUAGGGGUAGUGAAGGGGGAAGAUGCAGAGUAGAGGAUGACAGAGAGAACAGUGGUGUAACUCGGAGUCAUAGCUAACAGAAGACGGAGAAAGGAAGAGAACGGUGGUGACAAUUGAUGUAGGAGUGAAGAGAGAAGAGAAGAGAAGGACAACAUGAUUCUGCUUUUAAUAAAGCGGUUUGAGUUAGAUUUAAAUAAAUAAAUAAAUAAAUAAAAUACAUCUCGGUAGUGAAGAAGACAAGAUUCAGAGACAUACUUUAGGGUUACAGUGACCCGUGUGCUCGUGAACUCACUUCAUUUCUUCUUCUCUUUCUCAGUCGGGUGUCAUAUCACACCAUUUUAAUAUUCUAUUACAUUUUCAGCAGUAGUCAAAGUUGUAUUGUUUAGAGCUGAGACUGUGUAAGAGAACAGUGAGCACUGAAGGAUCAGUUACUUCAGGGUGUGUGUGUGUGUGUGUGUGUGUGUGUGUGUGUGUGUGUGUGUGUGUGUGUGUGCGCGCAAGAGAGAGAGAGUGAGAGAGAGCUCGGGUGUAAGAAAGCAGGGAGGCAAAGUAAAGGAGGGGAAAAGUAGCUGGCAAAAACACAGGAAUGACGAGGGAGGAGAAGAAAAGUGCAGGGAGGAGAGAGACUGUGUGUGCGUGUGUGUGUGUGUGUGUGUAUGUAUUUCUGGUGCGUAGAAAAGAAAGAAAGAAAGAAAAGGAAAGGAAAGGGGAGAAAAUGUGAGAGGAGUGAGAGUGUGUGUUUCCAGGGAGUGGCUUGCAAGACCAUGAAAGUCUGCGUUCCUAAACUGAAGGGAGUUUCCUUGGAGAGGGAAAAGGCCUCAGUGAUGUGUGUAUGUGUGUGUGUGUUGCUUAAUGAUUGAGUCAUGUGAUACCGUUGGGAACGAAAUCUUCUAGCAAUGCCACUGAGUGGAAGCAAAACAGUAUAAAAACACAGCGAAGCACAACUGUAUGACAGUGUGGUGGGGAUAAUGCACUUAGUGACCGGUUUUACUAACACACACACGCGCACGCGCACACACACACACACACACACGCACACACGCGCGGCCGCUGCCUGUGGAUAUAGGCCAGAUGCCGAGACAACUGUACCUCGUCAGCAUGCGUGAUGGAGGAUGUAAUUGUGCGUGUGUGUAGCUGGUACUCGUCUAGCAGUAAGAAAUACACGCCAUGCUCUCCUUAGACGAGCCUCUGGACCUGAAGGUUUCCUCAAGCCGGGAGAGGGGACACAGGACAUCCAUCUGCGCCCCGCUCCGAUUUGCCCGGACCAGGGUACCACGCCCGACACGCAGCUCUGACACAGAUAUCGCCGACUCUCCCACAUCCUCAAAGCCAGACCUCAGUGUGUGUCCCUCGUCUCCUCCCUCUCCUCAACACUCCUCUUCCAGCUGCGGUCCUCUGUCGCCCCCGCAGGCCAGGGAUUCAGAGUCUGUAGGUUUCCAGUUUUUCCUACCGAUCGGGGCAGGGGGCAGCCUCCUUCCCCCCAGCUCUGUACUGACUGCUCAGCGCCGGGACAGACGGGAUUCCCCAGAACCGGUGGAGGAACAGCUCGCCUGCCGAUGGCUACGGUGCCACCUGCUGUUUGAGUGCCUGCAGGAUUUAGUGGAUCAUGUGACGGAGUCUCACGUCAAGCCGGAGAGGAGUUCGGGUUACUGCUGCCACUGGGAGGGCUGCGCACGCAAGGGCCGCGGCUUCAAUGCCAGGUACAAGAUGCUGAUCCAUAUCCGCACGCACACCAACGAGAAACCACACCAGUGUCCCAUCUGUAGCAAAAGCUUUUCCCGCCUGGAGAACCUUAAAAUACACACCCGAUCACACACAGGAGAGAAACCAUACGCGUGUCCAUACGAGGGAUGUGGAAAGCGUUACUCCAAUUCCAGCGACCGCUUUAAGCACACGCGAACACACUACGAGGACAGACCCUACUGCUGCAAGAUGGCCGGCUGCCCCAAGCGCUACACGGACCCCAGUUCACUCCGUAAACACAUCAAGGCCCACGGCCACUCCGUCUCCACAGGUACAGAGACCGCAGUUGCCAGCAACGACACUUCAACAUUGCCCACUUCGUCCAGAGCUCAUUUGGUGCUGCCUGGGGCUGCGCUGGCUCUGCUGCAUGCCUUCUCCGGGCCUCUCAUGGCUCUAGGAGCUUCUCCACUCGAUCUCUCCAUGUCUGCAGGGCACAUGGGGGCGGAAGCUAUGCUCCGCCAUAACAACGUGGCUCCAGGGCUAGGCAAGACGCCUCGAUUCGACCCUUUCAUGCUUCCAUCUUUUGGGCUGGAGACUAAGCAAAGGGUCUUGAAGGAGCAGCACCGUGAUGAUGAGGAUCACGAUAACAGGGAGGUCGAAGAAGGACGCAGCACUUUGUCCUGGGUGUUCGUCCCACCUGGUAUGAUGAUGCUCAAGCAGGCUGUGGUCAGCUAGAUCGUCAUGUGUCACGUGACAUGUAAAAAACAAAACAAAACAAAAAAAAAAAAACAAAGCAAAAAACGGUACAACCCAAAUCCACCAAUGAUUCCUACUAUUUUAGCUUCUUUAAAAAAAAAAGGUCUUAAAUCUUAUUACUUGACGCGCUUUGAGUUUUCGAAGCAUAUUCUAAUACAACGCUGUAUUCUGGGCAGAAACCGUAAGAAACAUUCAGUAUUUCUUUUCCCCUCACUGUAAGUAUAAUAACAGUCCUUCAGACAUGUAUCUUAAUCCUCACUGGGAUUAAAGUACAAUCCAUUAUUCCAUUAUUUAAUAACAACAACAGCUCAUGCACAAACCAAAUGCUUUAAUCAAACAUGAGUGUGCUUCAUGCAAAUCACCUUUCCCAGCAGGAAGAAACUCCUGAGUUAACACGCUACUUGGAGCAUGAGAUAAGAUUACAAAUACAGUGUGUGUGUAUUUUAAACCCGAAUCGGUCAGAUUGCGACAGUUGACAUGGAAUUGAUUGUCAACACGCAACUGAGAACACGAAUGAUGACAAUCUGAAGCUGGAGUGCAGGAACAUAGUCUUUAACACGUGUGCAACAUCCUGCUCAUAAACCCAUACACAAAACUAUUUAAAACACACAGACAGGUUGAGACUGCAAACCCCAAGAGGACGGCGUUGUUUACUCGACACUGACCACCCUAAACAAAUCACUUCGCUCGAAUCCCCCCCCCACCCAUUCCCCCUUCAGACGAAACACAUCCAGUGUUGAGGAAAUGUACAGUAGAGAUGGUUUAAUACUGUAUGUCAUUGCUGAUUUUAUCAUUCCUUCCUGCUGUUAGGGUUUUUUUCCCAACAGGUAACUUCGACAAAGGCAGUGUGAGAGCCGAUGUAAUAAGGAUAGACGACGGUCCAUGAACGACCAGCUCCUGAUUCGUUUUGCACAAUCUUUUUCAUUACCUCCAACAUCAUCAUAUGGUUCAGUAACCAGUUCAAGUGCCUUUCUCACGAGCUUUUAUUGCUGCGCUGUUCGGUAGUCAACAGACUUGGGCACGAAGCGGCGGCUUGAAGUGGUCUCUUUCUCGCCGUUUUUUUUUUUUUGCUCUUUAACUUAAAUACACGUACACAGAUUUAAAAAAAAAAUCAGAUCUAAGAAAAAAUAUAUUUACUGGAAACAUUAUGCUUCUCAACACGAUGUCAAGUUUCUUAUUAGCGGACUGAGUGAUGCUGCCGCUGAUCUGAUCUCUACCUAUAGUUACAUAUAUGCGAGCGAAAUACAUACCAUAAACAAGCCACAGUGGUUCUGUAGUGUGUCUGCUUCAAAACACCAGGGCCUGUAUUCAUAAAGAUUCUAAGAAUGAUCUCAGAGAGUUCUUAAUUUAGCUUAAAAUUUCCUAGGAUCUUUAUCUUAAGAGUAAUUCAGAACCAAACUCAGAGCAACUCUGAGAAAGGAAAAUAUAAACCUUUAUAUUAGGGCCUUUUUACACCUGGUCACUUCGUGUGUUUUCUCUGAUCCGAUAGCUAUCUGAUUUGUUAAAACUGUUCCAUUUACAUUAGGCCACAUAAACGCGUCUCGGCGAAUCGGAUAUCGAUCCGAUCUUUCUACUCCCGCCCAAAAUGCUAAUAUAUUUUACCUCAUUUCCGGUUUUCAGAAUGCGAUCAAAAAGAAGACAAAAAAAUUUGUUACGACGUUUACGCUACAAAAAACAGCGUUUACUGUUUGCUGCAUUUUCGUGCAUUUUUAAGGCCCGACGAGACGCCUGGGUGAAAGAUCACCUGCGAGUGACGUACUUCCGUUUGGGAGGAGUAUAGCGCUGACGUAUGUGGCUUGAACAACCACAUGCAUUUACACCUGUCCAGUUUCAUCUGAAACGCGUCCCAGACCACCUCCUGAAGGGGUUUGUGCGAUCGGAUUUAUAUCCGUCUCGAAAACGUUUCGGAGGAAAUUUAGACCUGGUCUUUUUACCAUCGGAUAGCUAUCUGGUCACAGAAAACGCACGAAGUGACCAGGUGUAAAAAGCCCCUUAGAGAGGAGGCGGGGCUUAAACCUGUUACUAGGUCACACAUUCUUUUGAAGACUGUGAUUGGUUGUCUAUUUUAAGUCUAUUAUAAGCCUCACUUUGUCUCUAUGUUCAGAUAUUUGAGUCUAUAUCGUGUAGGGAUUAUGUUUGUGACUGAUCAUACUGUAUUAGAGAUGUUCUAACAUCUGUAUGUUAUGAAUGUAAUGUAAAUGUAAACAUCUCUGACACAGCAGAAAUGUCAGAGACAAAUGAUAUCAUUUCUGCUGCUGUGGUAUUUCGGCUCUAUUUCAGAGACGUUAGUGUAUCUCUAAAUGCCAUAGAUGGAUAUAUCACAAAAAUAAUCCCUACACGAUCUAAUCUGUAUCUUUUUAUCAUUGUCGAAUAUUGUCUACUCCUAAUACUUUUUGACCUCAUGAGUUCUUUUAUAGGGUUAAGAUGCUUUAUGAAUAACUUUUAUCUUCAUUAGGAUAUUUCAUUUCAAAAGGAAAUGUAAACAUUGCUAAGAAUUUUCUUGGAAUUUCCUCACUAGUAGAAACUCUUUGUACUAAGAAUUGUAAUGAAUACGGGCCCAGGUUUGAGUCUCAGCUCCGGUGAGAGCACAGUGUUUGUAUUCAUUCAGGAAUGUUGAUGAUACCUGUUCAUGAAUGCAGUAAAACCAGUGAUCAAUAAACACAAAGCUGGUUUGUUUCCCUGUAAGUAUACACAAUACGAUGUGUUUCAACAGCAGUAUGAUAAUGAGUUCAUUCAUUUCUACUCUGUUUGUCCAUCUUACUUCAGAAUCCUAUCACAAGCCACAAAGUCAAUUUUGGCAAGUAUGAUGUUUACAUUUACAGCAUUUGGCAGACUGGUUUUUCCAGAGCGACUUCUCAUUUACACAGCUUAAUGUUUCAGGGUUAAGAGCCUUGCUUAGUGAUGCUGGGAUAUAAACUCACAGCCUUCAUUCAGUAGUCCACUCUUAAACCACUGAAGCUAAUGCUUCCACGCAUUGUAUGUAUAUAAAUAUAAUUACAAAAAAUAAACGUUCAUCCACAGUUAAGCCCCAGCGUACAAUUAAUAAGAUUUAAUAAUGUUCUAAGUAGGAAUAUGUUUUUCUUCUUGAAAGACACCACUGCACACCGCCACGAUGUGCCACGCUCGAGUCACGCUCACUUCUAUAGACGGGCCUCGUCCCCGAAUCAGGUGUUUGUGCGACUGGUUACACAAAAGGUACAUCCUGUAUGCUACACCAUGUAUGUACGAAUGGAAGUUAAAUGUUAUGUACGCCAAUAUGUAUAAUUUCCUCCUGACAUGUGUUCUAAUAAUGAGCAUGCAGUAUAAUGAAUUAAAUAAAUCAAUAAAAAGCCAGCUCCAAGAGACAUUGUCAUGCAAGAUAUUGACAAUUAUGAUUACAAUGACGACGGGCAGCGUCUAAUAAAAACAGGCAUACGAUAA